AUGAGCAAUGGCAAACUAAAUGGAGCACGCCUAGAACAGCAAUUUGCUAACUUAGGCAUCAACGACAAUCACCAUCAAAGUUCGGGGAAACCUACCGCUGGUCGUUACGUUCCUCCACAUUUAAGAAGUCAAUCAGUUUCUGCCCUUCAAUCACGUCGUCCUCAUAGUGGAUGGCAUCAAAGGAUUGAAAGUGAAACGUGGGAUAAUCGUCGUACGUCAUUUCCUCGUGCAGAUGCUUGGGGAGGAGGAAGUCGUAGUGAAAUGGGUUAUUCUAGUCCUCAACGUAGGGGUUGGAGUGAUCGUGCAUCUUCUCAAGGUGACCGCAGCUAUCGUCCUGGAAGAUAUCAAUCCAAUAACUACGGUGGUCGUGGCGGAAACUUUUCUGAAGAUGGAUUUAAUCGUCGCGGAGAAGAUGGUAUUGGAUCUUGGCGCGAUGGAGUUCACAUCAUUGCCACUAGAAGUUCAUUUAUCGAACGGGAUUUGUUUGGUUCUCCAGAUGAUCUUGAUCGGCAACACACCGGUAUCAAUUUCGAAAAAUAUGAUGAUAUUCCAGUUGAAGCGACCGGGAAUAAUGUUCCAGAAGGCGUAUCAAAUUUUACAAAUCCUCCCUUGGAUAAACAUAUUCUUAGUAACAUUGAACUUUCACGAUAUUCUAUCCCUACCCCUGUUCAAAAAUAUUCUAUUCCAAUUGUUUCAUCAGGCCGUGAUCUUAUGGCUUGCGCUCAAACAGGUUCUGGUAAAACAGGAGGUUUCUUAUUUCCAAUUUUAUCCGAAUUGUUUAAACAUGGACCUUCUCCUCUUCCACCGGAACAACCUGGAUUGUAUCGAGGUCGUAAGGCUUAUCCAGCAGGAUUAAUUCUUGCUCCAACACGUGAAUUAGCAUCUCAAAUUUUUGACGAAGCUCGAAAAUUUGCGUAUCGUUCUUGGGUUCGACCUUGCGUUGUUUAUGGUGGUGCAGAUAUUCAUGGUCAGAUGCGAUCAAUUGAACGUGGAUGUGAUCUUUUGACUGCUACUCCUGGACGUCUUGUUGAUUUAAUCGAACGUGGUCGAGUAAGUUUAUCUCAAACUCGUUAUUUAGUUCUCGACGAGGCAGAUCGUAUGUUGGAUAUGGGUUUUGAGCCUCAAAUUCGUCGGAUUGUUGAACAAGAGGAUAUGCCUGGUGUUAAUGAAAGACAAACACUUAUGUUUAGUGCCACCUUCCCACGAGAUAUACAGGUUCUCGCGCGCGAUUUUUUGAAAGAUUAUGUUUUCCUGAGUGUUGGACGUGUUGGUAGUACAAGCGAAAACAUUACUCAAAAGGUCGAAUACGUAGAAGACGAAGAUAAACGAUCAGUUCUCUUAGACAUACUUCAUGCCCAAACAAAAAAUGAUCGUGGUCUUACCUUAAUCUUUGUUGAAACUAAGCGUAUGGCUGACUUGUUAUCAGAAUUUCUUAUAAAUUCAGGAUUUCCCGCUACAUCAAUUCACGGUGACCGAACACAACGGGAACGGGAACGUGCUUUAGAUUCUUUUCGCACGGGUCGUGUUCCUAUAAUGGUGGCGACAGCAGUAGCAGCCCGUGGAUUAGAUAUACCUAAUGUUACACACGUUAUCAAUUAUGAUUUGCCUACUGACAUCGAUGAUUAUGUACAUCGUAUUGGUCGUACAGGUCGUGCUGGUAAUGUGGGUAUAUCAACAGCAUUUUUCAAUCGUGGAAAUAAGGGAAUAGUAAGAGAAUUGAUUGAAUUGUUGAAAGAAGCUAAUCAAGAAAUACCUGCUUGGUUGGAAACUGUCGCGAGAGAGACUUCAAGUUAUGGAGGUUCUUCACGUGGAGGAAACCGUAGUCGUGGUCGCGGUCAAAAUAGGGAUUAUCGUAAAUUUGGUAGUAGUAGUGAAAGAGGUAGUUACGGAAGUAAUAAUACUGAGUGA